AUGCGCUUCAGCCUCGUAUUCCUGCUCUGCUCUCUGGGCUUGGUCAUGUUGACCAUGGCAAGCCCAACGGUCUCUCCAGUGCGUUCCAGACAAGGCGGAAGCAGUCGCCAGCUCCAGCGACAGAUGGACACAAACGCGGACACGAUCAAAGGGCUCGAGGUACAGAGAGCAUCGUUGGUCAAAGAGCUCGCCAUCUGCGGGGACAAGCUGAGAAAUAACCCAGAAGACGCCGAUGCCAAGGCCGCUUAUGAAGACCUAGAGACACAGAUCGCAAAGCAUGAUGCGCUCAUCGCACGCACAAGGGGAGAAAUCAACAGGUCCAAAGACAGAAUCUUUUAG